AUGAACGGAGAAAACCCAGAGGCGGUCAUGCACCAGGUCCAAGCGGAGCUGGCGAACGCGUACGCGCAGGAGUUCUUCACGACGGUGCGGGAGAAGUGUUUCGCGAAGUGCAUCACGAAGCCGGGUAGCAGCCUGAGCAGCGGCGAGUCCACGUGCGUGUCGCGCUGCACGGAUCGCUACGUCGACGCGACGAGGAUGAUCUCAGCCGUCGUGCUUCAAGCGUACAGCGGCGGGAACAGCGGGAUGCAAUAG